AUGGAAAAGGAUGCGAGCGACUUCGCAAGAAGAUGCAACAAGUUCCAACGGCAUGCGAACUACCCUAGACAAUCACCAAAUGAGCUAGUGAGCAUGACCAGUCCAUGGCCCUUUGCUAUGUGGGGAAUCGACUUGAUUGGCGCGUUACCAACAAGAAGAGGAGGAGCAAAGUAUGCGGUUGUAGCAUUAGCUUACUUUACUAAAUGGGUUGAAGUAGAGCCUCUAGUCAAUAUAACAGCUAAGAAAAUCACCACCUUUGUCAACAAGUUUAUCGUCUGCAAGUAUGGAGUGACCUACAAGAUAAUCUCCGACAACGGAACCCAAUUUGAAAGAGGGUUGUUCGAUGAAUAUUGUAGAGAAAUGGGGAUCAGGAGGACUUUUUCCACUUUAGUACACCCACAAGCCAAUGGACAAGUGGAGGCCAUCAACUAG